UUAAAAAAAAAAAUUUUAAAAAAUUAAAUAAUACCCCGCAAGUGGGGGUUGCGAGGUAAUAAAAUUUUAAAAAAAAAAUUAAAAAAUACCACGCCAAUUUGACUUGCGGGGUAGUUAAAAUUUUUAAAUCUUGCGGGUUGCAAGGUACCAGAAAAUUCUGAAAAGUAGGGCAUUUAUGCAAUUUUUUGCAAAAGUGGGGCAUUUUUGUAUUUUUGGACACAAACAAGGGCAGAAAAAAAAAAUUCUUGAGGGGAGGAGGGUGUAAUUUACUCUUAGUUUUUAAUAUCACUUAUAAAAAAAGUAUCAAAAUGAAAUAAAUCAUCCAAUUAUCUAUAAAGUUGUUGUAACUUGUACAAGAUACUAUCAUUAAACUAAUGGCGUCGUCUCCCAUACGCGAGUGGCAUGGGUCGCGUACCGUACGCGAGUUGCUUUUUCAAUUGUUUACUUGCAUGUGUGGGUUUUACACAACAUUCCAACCUGCUGCAGAAGGUAAUUUUGUGAUAUAAAUUAUUAUUUGUAAUUAAUGGUACAACCAUAAUAACAAGGGCAAUUUCGGUAAUGCACACAUCAUAAAAUAUCAAUAUAUUUGUCUCCAAUAAACCUCCGAUCCAGAACUUAUUGGCUCCAUCUCCUGUGCAUAUGAUUUUUGUUUAUGCUAAUUAUUUGAAACAUAUUGCAAUAAAAAAUUUUGUACUAUUUUUAAAAAAGAUUGUUACCAAUUUCGUUAUUAUUAUUUUUUUUAAUCUUAUUUUGUUAAUUUUGUCUUAGUAAUGUAAUUUAUUUUUUAUACACUUAUUUGAAGAUAUUAUAAAAAGUAACAGCACAAUUAAUUACCAUUAAAUUUCAAUUUUAGUUCAACUAUUUUAAUCGUUCAUCACGGGUAAAAUUAUAAAUGUGUGUUCUAUUAAAAAAAAAAAAAUUCACGUUGAUCAUACAUAUGAUAUAACCAAUGUCUUUCAUGAAUUCAAAAAAAUGUAAUUGUCAUGCAACACUUUAAAAUUAAUGUAUAUGACUAUUUAAGAAAACAAAUUUAAAAAAAAGAAAGAUAUAUUCCACGUUUAUAAUAUAUACGACAUGACAAAAGAAACAUUUGCCGUAUCUUUAAAGAGCAUGCUUUUGUCAUUCAAGAAAUUUAUCAUGUUGAGAUCGAAUAGAAAAAAAAGUAUCGACAACUCAAAUUGAUGGAACAAUAAUAGUUCAACCUGCCAAAAGUUAUACUAAAUUAGCGAAAAUAAAUUAAAUUUGAUAUGCAGUAAAAAUUGUCAAAGUGUGAGAUUUUAAUUAAGGGCGACCCUCAUUGGUCUUCAAAGAUUAAUUUUGAGUUUUCAGUUUAAUCUUUCAAAUUAAGUAUUUUUUUUGUCAUUCUGGACAAACUUGCAUAUAAUAUUAGGCGGUGUGGAAAGGAAGGGUGUGGUUAUGGUGCAUAAGGAUUUACUUAUGCACCGUGCAUAAUUGUUUCCUACACCUCAACCCAUUUUGUCAUACACCCCCCCCAAACCAAAUGAAAUCAAACUAAAGCCCAUUUUAUUUCAUUUCUCCAAAAACCAAAUUCAUUUCUCCAAAAAUAGAACCUCAUUUCUCCAAAAAUCAAAUUCAUUUCUUUCCAAAAACGAAACUCAUUCCAUAACCGUCACCGUCGCUCACCGUCAUUUCUCUCCAAACCACCGUCGCUAACCACAACCUCGCCGGUCGCUGUGUUCAUCGCCGCCACAGUCGAUGUGUUAAUCACCACCAGAAACGAAACGAAAAGAAACGAAAAUGAAUCGCUCAAAACAAAACCAAACGAAUCGCUCACCCUCGCCGUCGCCGAUCAGUUGAAUGGAUGCCGUCGCUGUGUUAGAACCACCUUCAUUUCAUAACCACCGUCACUGAAGCAUUUAAAAUUACCGUCACUGAAGCAUUCAACAUCACCGUCAUCGAAGCAUUUCAAAACCACUGUCACUGAAGCAUUCAUCGCAAUCACAGAGUUCAUCACCAUUCAAACAAAACAAACAACAAAAAUGAUGAAAACAAAACAAGUUCGAACUUAUCAUAUAUGAUUUCUUGCUCAAAUAGUUUUGAAAGUUUAUCUUCUGCUUUAAAUUUGGAAAUGUUAGUUAAUUUCGAAUUUGUUUAGUUUUAGAAAUGGUUUUGUUUAGCUUGGAAAGUAAUUGCAUUUGUGUAACCCUAAUUGAUAGUUUAAUUUCGAAUUGGGGAAAAUCAUCUCAAAUUGAAAGUUUAAUUUCGAUUUGGGAAAAUCAACUCACAUAAAUAGCUAUACGAUUGACAUAGUGUUGAUUUGUAACAUUAGCUGAAUUGAAAUUGAUUAUAGGUUUAGAACACAUUUGGAAAUGUUGAUUGAUUAUAGGUUUUGAAAUGGUUUCAUAAGUUCUAUUUGAAAGCUUAAGUUGGAAUUUGAGUUGUUUCGGGUAUAAUUUUUUGAUGAACAACUUCGGAAAGAUAUAUUAAAUUGGUAUCUGAGUAAUUGUGAAAUGAUAAGUUGUUCUAUUAAUUUAAAAAGUGAUUAAAUGAUGAUUAAGCUGCUUUGGAAGUGCUUAAAUGAGCAAAAAGUGAACUUCUGGUGCAAGGACUAAAAUGGAAAUUUUGUGCAUGUUGGUUGAUGGAGUAUACCCAAACUUUCCAUUAACUUAUGCUCAAAUUGGUGUGGGGGAGAGGAUUUAGGUUGCAUCAUUGCAUUUAACUUCGGGAAAUUUAAGUUAUCAUCUCCAUAAACCAUUUCCUCAACAGAUUUGUGAUCAUCUUUUCACAGUUCUCCCACUAACCAAGUCCAUUUAUCUUCUUAAAAUGAAUCUAUAUAUUUAUCAUGCUUAGAUUACAGGAAUUUUACACAAUUGAAAGAUGAUAUGCCAUAACAUUAGGAACCCACUGAAGAGAAUUGAUAGAAACAAUUUUAUGUACUUAAUGGUUUCAUAAUGUUUAAUUUCGAAUUGGUUUAAUAUCUGGAAAAUCAACUCUGAAAAUCAAUAUGCUGUGUAAAUGGUUUUCGCAAGUUUUACUCUGAAACCAUUUUAUGUACUUAAUGGUUUUUGUGAGUUGGACUCCAAAACCAUUUUGCUGUGAAAAUGGUUUCUGUGAGUUGGACUCCAAAACCAUUAAAUGUACUUAAUGGUUCCUCUUGCUAGUGAAACUACAUGAAAUUUGUAGUUAAUAAGUUUACACAAUGCUUAGAUCUUUUUAGUUUUUGCAGCACUUCUUUGGAGUCCAUUAAGGUAUGGUUUCAACUUCAUGAAGGAAUGUUUUCAUAAAGUUUUACACCAAAACUAUUUGGUGCUGGUAAUUGUUUUCUUUGGAUUAAUGUCUCAAGUAUAGUAUAAUCAUCUGAUGCUGGUAAUUGUUUUCUUUGAUCCAGGUUAACAAAUCUAACGACCUAGGGCCAAUUCCAAACUUCAGUAUUGGACUUACACAAUCAGAGCAGGAGAAAGCAUCUGAUGACGAUAAUGGAAAAAAGAAUGGUAAAAAGAUGGAAAAGAAGCCGGAUAAGAUAAACCGUGGGAAAAGGAAACAACAAUCUGAUGAAGGAAGUUCAGAUGACAAAAAUGCAAAGAAGAGUGGUAAAAAGAUGAAAAAGAAGCCGGAUCAGAAAAAACAACAAUCUGCGGGAGAAGAAUCUGAUGAAAAGAAGAGUAUUUUUGUUAACAAAUCUGAUGAAGCAAGUUCUGAUGACAAAAAUGGAAAGAAAAACUUGGAUGUCGAUCAACGAUUGAGGCACAAGCUUAGCAUACCUAAGGUCUAUGACCUUAUGAAGUCAAUAGAUGGAAAAAGAAGAAAAGACCAGAUAAUUCAACUUUUGAAUGAGAGUGGGUUUGGAGGAAUGGUUCAUAUAUGCAAAUGGACAAAAAUCCACACAUUCUUUGUGGAAUGAGUUGUCAGACACUUUGAAAAGGAGAAUAUGUGGAUAAGACUGAGCAAGAUGGAUGUGCUCCCAUUGAAAGAAGAAGAUGUGCAUAGAGUGUAUCAUUUCCCAAUGGCGGGGGAGCAGAUCAACAUUAAACUUUGCUCAGAAGCAGCAAUAAAGAAACUCAGGGUAGAGUUAGGAUUGGAUGGUGAUUAUUCUCCAUUUGUCAAGGCGACAGAGUUGGAGAUAAGACUGAAGAUAAUGGAGAAACCAAAGGCAUGGGUAAAUGGUGCAAUUUGUCUUAUAAUUCACAACAUUUUGUGCCCCACUAACAGCAGCUUAGUUUCUCUACAUUAUGCUCAAGUAUUAGAAGAGGCUUCAUCUUAUAACUGGUGCUCCCAUGUACUCCAAUAUAUGAAAGACGGAUUGCAAAAUCUGGAAGUGGCAAAUCCAUUAGAGGACUUCCACUUCCUAAUGAUUAAUUACAUGGAGAAAAUGGGGAAGAGAAGCCCAUUCUUUACAGGAAAAUACAAGCAGCCAUCGCUUUGUGAUUGGGAUGUCAAGUCGGCAAACCAAGAGCUUCAGAUGGUGCAUGAGCUUAUGGGACUGGAUAAAGGAUUGACAGUUGGGGUCAAAAGACUGCAGAGCACCGAUGAUGGUCUGCUUGUAAUGUGUUUUGAUGCAGAUACAUGUCCACUAUCUAAGGCAGAGGAGCAUCUAAAUUAUUGUAGGGGUUGCAUACGGGUCUACACUAGAACCGCAGAAACCUUGCAGAGGAGAAUAGCUGAGGCAAAUGCUUCUACUUAUGCAAAAAAUGACCUAGUUUCAGCAAAAAUAAACACAUCAAAUGAACCUGAAACUGAGGAGAAUAAGACUUCAAGUACUGAAAAGUCUGCGAAAAAUGAUGCAGUUUCAGAAGAACCAAGCACAAGCAAGGAAGCUGAAACUAAGUUGAAUAAGAGUUCAGGUACUCAGAAGGGGUGGAAGUACCUGAAACUGAUGAUGUGAGCUCUUUUAGUGAUGGAACAGAUCUAAAAGCAUAUAAGCAUGAAAAAGUAGUUGAGAUUAUGUUGAAUAAAGAUGAUGAUUCCAAAAGCAAUGAUGAAAAUGUCGAUGAUGAAGAAGUUGAGAUUAAUGCGAAGAUCAUUGAUGAUUCAGUUAAGGCAGCAUGCAAUGUGGGAAUGACAUUGACACAGGAAACUAUCUUGAAGUUUCCAGAGUUUUUUGAAGCUUCGAAUGCAGGGUAAGAAAUGAUUAUAUAUGAUGUGUUUUAAUGGUUUUUUAUUUAUGAUGUGUAAAACUAUAAUAACAAACUAAUGGUUUAAAAAAUCCAUCUUAAACCAUAACUUUUAAAGUGUUUAUCAAUGGUUUUGAUAUGUGAUGUCUGAAAACUAAAAUGUUUUUUAAUGGUUUGAGGUUCAAUACAAAUGAUUCAGAGAAUCCAGCUUCAGCGACACAGGAAACAAUCUUGAAGUUCCCUGAGAUUUUUGAUAAUGAUUCAACGAAGAAAGAAUGCAAUCAAAGUCUUUCACUUCUGUUGGUACCAGAUGUGACGGAUGGGGAGAAGCCUACAGAAUGUGACUCAAACGUUGUUAUAGAUGCAACUCCACUAAAGUCAGUGAUGCCAGAUGAAAUAAUUGACUUGGACAAUGUGCAAACAGUCACGACAAAGAAAAGACUGAGUUGCAGAAAAAUUUAUCAACAUAUGCAUGGAGCUCGGAGCUUGAUCAGUAUGAGCUUCUGUACUGCUCGGAUAAUAGGGCUCAUGAUUAUUCUCUGGAAAGGAUGGACUUGUGGUCGCUGCAACAAGACGAAUGGGUGUCAUGCUUCGUGAUCAAUGCAUGGGUCAACUGCUUAAACUGGAAUCAACAAAGAGACAAGAUGACAAGACUGGUUACACCCAUGAUUAACUAUGUUGACCUUGAAAAACUUGGUGCCUUUGACAAAAAUAACCCAGCUGCAUUCACAAGAUUCAUUGAGAGACUAAGCAAGUUCAAAUACAUGGAUUGGAAAGCUAUUGACCGUAACAGUCUAGAAUAUAUCAUGACGCCAGCUUUAAUUAGGGAUCCGGGAAGUCAUUAUGUGUGCUUCGUCGUGAAUUUGAAGAGCCAAAAAUUUGAAUUCCUGAACAGCUUGACGGGAGAUAAAUUGCACACCAAGAAUGGCGCACCCACUGUAUACAAGGAUAUGUUUGAUGUAUGGCUGAACGAGGCGAAAGUAUUUGUGGCAGAAAUGUAUAAGACUAGAAAAUUCCGAAUGCCCUUCAACUUUACCACAUUUAAGUGGGAUACACCAAGGGUGCCUAAUCAAGUUGAUAAAGACAGUUUUGGAGUCUUCUGCAUGAAAUUUCUUGCUGAAUGGGGAGGUGACAACAUGCAGCUGGAUUCUUUCAAAGGUUGGUCGAAAAUGAAAAAAAUUGGGAAAACUGCAAAGAUUAUGGAUCUCAGGAUUGGAAUUUGUUCAAAAAUAUUAAGCAACACAAGCAAUUGCAGAAGAAAUCUUGUGGAGAAUAAAGCAAAAACAUACUAUGAAAAAAAGCUUCAAAAGCUAGCAAGUUGAACAUGACAUGUAAUUUCUGUUGUUGAUGAAUUUAUGGACUAGUUUUAAUGUUUUUUUUAUUGACUUUGUAUGGUAAAAUUUAGUUCUUGAUUUUGGUACUAUGAAAAAAAGCUUCAAAAGUUAGCAAGUUGAACAUGACAUGUAACUUCUGUUGUUGAUGAAUUUAUGAAUUAGUUUUAAUGUUUUUUUAUUGA